AUGGUCCGCUACCGCAUCCGCGUGGCCACCGGCGCCUGGGCCUUCUCUGGGUCGUUCAACCGCGUGCAGCUGUGGCUGGUCGGGGAGCGCGGGGAGGCGGAGCUGCAGCUGCAGCUGCGGCCGGCGCGGGGCCAGGUGGAGGAGUUUGAGCAAGACGUCCCCGAGGACUUGGGGCCACUGCAGUUCGUGAAGCUGCGCAAACACCACUCCCUGGUGGACGACGCGUGGUUCUGCGACCGCAUCACGGUGCAGGGUCCCGGCGACAGCGCGGAGGCCGCCUUCCCGUGCUACCGCUGGGUGCAGGGCGAGGGAGUGCUGAGCCUGCCUGAGGGCACCGCACGCCUGGCAGUAAAGAGUACCUGGGACAAAUUCCAGAAGCAUUGAGAAGAAGAACUGAAGGAAAGACAGCUGAUCUACUGUUGGGGCACCUGGAAGGAAGGGUUACCCCUGAACAUAGCUGCGGACUCUGAGAAGGAUCUGCCCAUAGAUUUGACAUUUCAUAGUGGGAAGAAGACUGACUAUGAACGAAGAGCGAUGACAGGGGUUUUGGAGAUGGUUCUUAAACGUGUUUACACUCUUCUGAAGUCCUGGAACACUCUAGAGGAUUUUGAUCAGAUCUACUGGGACCCCACAAGCACCAUUUGUGAGAAGGUUCACCAGGGCUGGCAGGAUGAUGAGCUUUUUGGCUACCAGUUCCUCAAUGGCGCCAACCCCAUGCUGUUGAGACGCUCCACCUCUCUGCCCUCCCGGCUGGUGCUGCCCUCAGGGAUGGAGGAGCUUCGGGCCCAGUUGGAAAAAGAACUCCAGAACAGUUCCCUAUUUCAAGCAGACUUUAUCCUGCUGGAUGGAAUUCCAGCCAACGAGAUCCAAGGAGAGAAGCAGUACCUGGCUGCCCCCCUUGUCAUGCUGAAGAUGGAACCCAGUGGGAAGCUGCGGCCCAUGGUCAUCCAGAUCCAGCCUCCCGACUGCAGCUGCCCCACCCCACCACUGUUCUUACCCUCAGAUCCUCCACUUGCCUGGCUCCUGGCAAAGUGCUGGGUCCGAAGUUCAGAUAUCCAACUUCAAGAGCUCCAGUAUCACUUCCUGAACACUCACCUGCUGGCUGAGGUCAUCAUUGUGGCCACCAUGAGGUGCCUCCCAGGACUGCACCCUGUCUUCAAGCUCCUGAUCCCACACACCCGCAACACCGUGGAGCUCAACGUCAGGGCACGGAACCAAUUAGACUCAGAGAGUGGAGUAUUUAAUCAGGCUGCGAGCAUCGGUGGAGGGGGCCACGUGCAGUUGAUGCGUCGGGCCCUGGCUCAGCUGACCUACCGCUCCCUCUGUGCUCCUGAAGAUCUGGCUGACCGGGGCCUGCUGGGAAUCCCAAGUGCCCUCUAUGCCCAGGAUGCUUUACGGCUCUGGGAGAUCAUUGCCCGGUACGUGGAAGGGAUCAUCCACCUCUUCUACCAUGACGAUGACGCCGUGAGAGGGGACCCUGAGCUGCAGGCCUGGUGUCGGGAGAUCACUGAGGUGGGGCUGUGCCAGGCCCAGGACCAAGGUUUCCCUGUUUCCUUUCAGUCUCGAGCUCAGCUCUGUCAUUUCCUUACGAUGUGCAUUUUCAGAUGCACUGGCCAGCAUGCAGCAGUCAACCAGAGCCAGCUGGACUGGUUCUCUUGGGUCCCUAAUGCCCCAUGCACAAUGAGGAUGCCCCCUCCUACCACCAAGGAAGAUGUGACAAUGGCCAUAAUGAUGGGCUCACUACCUGAUGUCAAGCAGAGCUGUCUUCAGAUGCUUUUCAUGAGGCAAGUGGGAUGGCAGCAGCCAAACAUGGUAACCCUGGGUUAUCACACAGAAGAAUAUUUCUCAGGCCUUGAGCCCAAGGCUAUUUUAAGACAAUUUCAAACAGAUCUGGACAACCUGGAAAGGGAAAUCGUGGCUCGGAAUGAGCAGCUAGACCUUCCCUAUCAAUACAUAAAACCGAGCUGCAUUGAGAACAGUAUUGCUAACUGA